CCCGAGCGAGGUCCGCGCCGCGGGCUGCCCCGAUCGCGCGUCCUCCGGGCCCGGGUCCCCGCGAGGUAAGCUGCCUAGGCUGAAGGGGACUCCUCUCCCGGAGAGGUGUCGCGGAAGAUGGCCGGCGGCGUGGACGGCCCCAUCGGGAUCCCGUUCCCUGACCACAGCAGCGAUAUCCUGAGUGGCCUGAAUGAGCAGCGGACUCAGGGACUGCUGUGUGACGUGGUGAUCCUGGUGGAAGGACGUGAGUUCCCCACGCACCGCUCGGUGCUGGCUGCCUGCAGCCAGUACUUCAAGAAGCUGUUCACGUCGGGCGCCGUCGUGGACCAGCAGAAUGUGUACGAGAUUGACUUUGUGAGUGCCGAGGCGCUGACGGCGCUCAUGGACUUCGCCUACACAGCUACGCUCACGGUCAGCACAGCCAAUGUGGGUGACAUCCUGAGUGCCGCCCGGCUGCUGGAGAUCCCGGCCGUGAGCCACGUGUGUGCUGACCUACUGGAGCGCCAGAUUCUGGCGGCCGAUGACGUGGGCGAUGCGGGCCAGCCCGACGGGGCAGGCCCCACGGACCAGCGCAACCUACUGCGCGCCAAGGAGUACCUGGAGUUCUUCCGCAGUAAUCCCAUGAAUAGCCUGCCCCCCACCGCUUUCCCGUGGUCUGGCUUCGGUGCCGCUGAUGAUGACCUGGAUGCCACUAAGGAGGCCGUGGCUGCUGCUGUGGCUGCUGUGGCUGCAGGCGACUGCAAUGGCUUGGACUUCUAUGGCCCAGGGCCUCCGGCCGAUCGGCCCCCAGCGGGCGAUGGAGACGAGGGUGACAGCACCCCAGGGCUGUGGCCUGAGCGGGAUGAAGAUGCCCCGCCCGGAGGGCUCUUCCCGCCACCUACUGCCCCGCCGGCCACCACACAGAAUGGCCACUAUGGCCGCGCAGGGGCUGGCCCUGGUGAGGAGGAAGCGGCGGCGCUCUCUGAGGCUGCACCCGAGCCGGGCGACUCCCCGGGUUUCCUGUCAGGUGCUGCAGAGGGUGAGGAUGGGGAUACCGCCGAUGUGGAUGGGCUGGCGGCCAGCACGCUGCUACAGCAGAUGAUGUCGUCAGUGGGCCGGUCGGGAGACAGUGAUGAGGAGUCACGUGCAGAUGACAAGGGCGUCAUGGACUACUACCUGAAAUACUUCAGCGGAGCCCACGAGGGCGAUGUGUACCCAGCCUGGUCGCAGAAGGGUGAGAAGAAAAUCCGGGCCAAGGCCUUCCAGAAGUGCCCUAUCUGCGAGAAGGUGAUCCAGGGUGCGGGCAAGCUGCCCCGUCACAUCCGCACACACACGGGCGAGAAGCCCUACGAGUGUAACAUCUGCAAGGUUCGAUUCACCAGACAGGACAAGCUGAAGGUGCACAUGCGGAAACACACGGGCGAGAAGCCGUACUUGUGCCAGCAGUGUGGCGCGGCCUUCGCGCACAACUACGACCUGAAGAACCACAUGCGGGUGCACACGGGGCUGCGGCCUUACCAGUGCGACAGCUGCUGCAAGACCUUCGUGCGCUCCGAUCACCUGCACAGACACCUCAAGAAGGACGGCUGCAAUGGGGUCCCAUCGCGCCGCGGCCGCAAGCCCCGAGUGCGGGGUGUGCCACCCGAUGUCCCUGCUGGGGCCGGCGUGCCCCCCGGGCUCCCGGACGCCCCGCGCAACGGCCAGGAGAAGCACUUUAAGGACGAGGAGGAGGACGAGGAGGAGGCCAGCCCUGACGGCUCGGGCCGCCUGAAUGUAGCGGGCAGCGGAGGAGGCGAUGGUGUGGGUGGCCCCGCGGUGGCCGCCACCGAGGGUAACUUCGCAACCUGACUCGUAUUAAAACAAACCAAAAACAAAACAAAAAACUAAGAACAGAGAGAAACCACCACCCACCCCCAGCACCACAAGUAAGCAGUUCUCUGUCCAGACGCCCUCCAUCCAUCCGCGCGGACAUGUGUGCGUGUAUAUACCAUGGCCGCGGGCGCCUGCCUUUCUCAGAUCCUUAGGAUGUGGCCCCAUCUGCUCCUGUGCCCCUGGCCUGUCCACCAAGGGGUCCCACCCAGGGGCCCAGCCUGCUCCUGGCUAAGGCGAGGGUGAUGGGGACCCCAGGACAGGCGCCCGGCUCCUUGCUGGUUGGUUUUAGGGGGGUCUUAGACAGACCUUAAAUGUUCUGUCCACUAUGAGUGGACGUUAAAAUGGUCCCCGUCUCCCCACCCUCCUUCCUCAGGGCACUUACUAAAGAGGGGGGUGUCCCCUCGGCCUCCCUCCCUCCCUGCCUGUGGCCUCGCAUCUCUGCACAUCCACCCUGGCCACCACUGACAUACAAAUCUAUUUAUUCCCAUGCCUGGAUGGCCAGAGUGGGGAUUUGGAGGGCCGCUGGGGUCCCCGCCACCCACUUUCACGGCACUUACACCUGACGGGGUCCUCAGGGCGACCCCCCAACCUUCCCAUCUCUGCUUGGCCGUGCCCCACCCUGUGUUCAGAGAUUGAAAAUUCGUCACCCCACGCCCCACUUUUUAAGGCACUUUUUAGAUCUAUUUCCCCUUUUCCUCCUUAAAGACAGUUUAUAUAGAGAGAUAUAUAUAUAUAGAGAGAGAAAUAUAUAAAAUAUUCUUUUCCUCAGAGGAGCCGGCAGCAGUUUUGGGUGGACAUAGCCAAGAUCAGAGGUAACCCCAGGGACUCAUGCAGAGGCAGGAGAGGGAGGGAGAGAGGCCACAGCUUAAUGUCACAAAACAGCAAUAAAACCCCAAGAUUUUAGUAAACACGAAGGCAGAACAUUAAAAAAAAAAAAAAAUCAGCAACAGCACCGCCAGCCACGCGGGGAUCUUGGCACUUUGUGAUGAACGGGUACUUUUCAUUCUUAAGAAAUGUUUACAAGUUGCACCCAGCUUCUAUGAAAAAUUGAAGAGAGAGAGAGCAGUGGGAAGUAACUAAGUCAAUUUAUUUUUGUAUAAAAUAAAAGAACCCCAACCCAUUGCUCCAGUAGAAUCCACUUGCGUUCCCGAGACUCAGGGCGGGGCGUCCAGGGCGCCACGGGAAGGGACCUGGGGGUCCGCUUGGCCUGCCUCCGGGGCUCCCUGAGUCUGUCAGGGGCCCCUGUCCCCCAAGUUAUUUUAUUUUCUCUUUUGUCUCUGUAGGAGACCACAGGCCACCUGUCCUGUCCUUCCCAGCUCAGGGAUGUCCCCGAGAGAGGGCUGGUCCUCGGCUAGCCAGACCCUGUGCCCCCGUCUGGUCCCCCCCGUGUGGUGGUCCCCCUCUUAGGCACCCCCUCUUUUUACUCAAAGGCACUGACUGUAACCCAGGGGCUAGCACCUGAGCCCCCACUCCCCAAACUCUGGCUUCCCUCAAAGGCCCGGUAUUGACCGAGCCACAGGCCACGUACAGGGGCCGGGGUUGGGGGACAUGGCUCCCAGGUGCCAGGGCGCCCCCAUGUCAAAUCCUGUGGCCAAGGUGGAACCAAACUUGGGACCUUGUCCAUGCACACUCUGCCCAGCCCUUCCCAGUGGGUGCCGGCGAGGGUAGAGGGUGUCCCUGUGUCCCCGUCUGACAAAUGUCUUUCUUUGGUUUUAAAGGGAAGCUCAUUAAGAAGGCCGCUUUCCAGUUUCUAGCAGAGGGGUUUCCUUUCUAACCUCUCCUACCGCGGGAGUCUCCCCCAACCCCUUCCCCCAUGUCUCAGGAUCCCCCCUUGGGGCCAGCAGAAUGGGCCCAGGGGCGGGGUGGUGCUGGCCUCCCCUCGCACCCCACUUCCGCAGUGAGCUGUCCCGGGAACUGUGCUGUGGAGGCCGAGUUGGGCCGCAGCCCCGGUUCCCAGACAGGUCAGUCCCUCCAUCUUCUCGCAAUAAAACCAACUUUAAUCACGUGUCAUCCUGGCCAGUGGCCACUAGACUUGGGGUGGAUGGAGCCCUUGGGGAUUAUGGUAGGGUGCCCCAUAACCUGCCAGCGACAGCGCAAACCCCCUUGGGAAUUGCACUAAACCCUUGCCCCUCGCUCCGCGCUCAGCUUCUGCCCCCCACACCCACCUUGCCUUAACCGCCAGCCCGUCCUAGGGGGCCGCAGCCACCGCAUGGGCCCAGCGCCGGGACAUCCCCCGCCCCCUAAAGGCCUUCCCCUUCCCCCCAAUAUACUGCAAUCACAUACUGUAUAUAGAAUGUGGAUCGAUUUUUACAAAUUUUUAUUCUUUAAAUUAAGGCCGUGAUAAAAGUUGCCAAAGAGAAUUGUGGAAUUCACUAGAGGUUUGAGCGGAGGGUGCUGUAGAAAGAUUUUAUUUGAUUGUUUGGGGUUUAUUUUGUGCGUGUGUGUGCGCGUGCGUGUGCGUGUAGAUUCUUUUUCUUUUCCCCCCCCCUUUUUUUUUUAACUGCCUGGUACCAAUAACAAAAAGAAAAAAAAAAGAAAACAGAAACUUGUUACUUCCAUUAUGGUGAAUUUGCGUGUGUGAGUGUGUGAGACAGAAGGGCCCAGGCUGUGGGGUUCUGGGGACCCCAGUGCUGGGGAGGGGCCGCCGGCCCCGCCUGUGACCUGAGCAAGGCCGCCCCUGCUGAGGAGAAGCUGCUCUCUGCCUUCCUAUCCCUACAGGCCUUUCGAGAUUAAGAAAAAAAAAAAAAAAAAAAAAAGAAAGAAAAAAAAAGAAAAAACAAAUCUAUAUAUCUAUAGAAACCAAUGAAUGUAAGUGGCAGACCUGGCCCAGCCACGGCCCCGCCACGCUGGGAUCGAGUGGUGGAACCAAAGUUGGUGCCCUGGGGUGCUCACUCCGGAGGACCCUGAGCACAGCUCACCUGAGGGGCUCUGCUGGGUCCCCUUAGGUAGCCAGGGAAUGCUACCACUGUACCAGGCACAAUGGCAGCCUCGAAGUCCAGGUGGAACCCAGGCUGGUCGUUCAGGGAACAGACAGUUUAAGUUAGCAGGGCAUGUGGGGGGGACACAGGCUGAAAGGAAAAAUAGAAAAAAACAAAAAAAAAAACCAAAAACCAACAAAAAAAGAAAAAGCAAAAUCCUAUUUUUUGAGAAAGAAAGAUAUUUAUAUUUGCAGUUUUAUUUUAAAAAGUUAUUUAAGCUGAGGAAACGGCCUCCCGGAGUUCGGGGUGGCUAGCACCGGACGGGUCAGGGGUCUUGGGGGGCUCCUCACCCCAGGAAUGAGUAUCUCAGUUCAGAACUAGCUCGCACUAAAUAUAUAUUGAUUUACCUUUGGGGGGCAGGGGGCCAAGAGACAGAGGGCAGGGGAGCCCCACCCCAGGCCCAGAACGAGGUGCCUUGGAAUUUGGGGGCCCAGGCCUGGUGCAUGGGGGUCCAGAGCACAGAACAGACAUUCCACUGACUGGAUGUAAGAAUCUUUCUAACAAGUGUGGGAGGCAGAACGAAAACAAAUCAAUUGAUUAAAGAAAAAUGCACUUUUUGGGGGUGGGGGGACAAGCUUUAAAAGUAAUUAAAAAACAACAAAAGAUUAUGAAAAAUCCGAAAAAAUAGAAUUCAUUUUUUCUUGUACAUAAAAGAGAAAAACCCAACCACUAAAUGCAGCCUGUUACGAUCUC